CUUGCUCCGCCGUUACAUUUGGAUUUGCGCCAGGCAUACGUACGUACUUCUACCUCAUGCAUCAUGCAUAUCGAGUGGGACAGGUUAGGGCAAUGCAUCAUGUAGCCUUUUCCUUUUUUUGGGGCUAUAUAUUAUCCAAGUCCACACUUAUCCUAAAUUACCUGAAAGUCCUUGAUUUUUUAUUAGAAAAAUGCCAUAUCUUCAGGAUUUCGGGUCUCUACUGGGCGGAACAGCCUUACACUGGUUCAUAAUCAUAUCUUCCCCUACAAGCAUCAUAAUAAACAGAUAUAUCGUAUGGUCUCGCCUUCGCCAUAUUCCUGGACCACGGUUUGCUUCAUUUUCGAAACUAUGGAUGUUACGGGCGUCAUUAUCUGGAGGAAUUCCAAAAGUACUGAAUGAUGUCUGCGAGACAUAUGGUAGCUGCCCCUGACUUUGAGCUCAAAUUAUCAUCCUCACUCAAAUUUUAAGGUUCAUUGGCACGUAUAGGGCCAAAUGAUCUUCUUUGUAGUGAUCCUGAUGUCAUUCGACGCAUGAGUACCGCGAAGUUGGGAUAUCGAAGAUCCAAGUUUUAUAGUUCUUUCGCUUUCAAUCCCGAUCGAGAUACUUUGUUAUCGACUACAGAUGAGGAAAUUCAUGCCCACUUGAAAAGUAAAACCGCUGCAGGUGUAAGUUUUUUUUAUUCCGACUUCCAAUCGUGGGCAGUUUUAUUAACUUAUUCUAAUUAGUAUUCGGGCAAGGACUUUGAUAACUUAGAGGAACCUAUUGAUAGACAGCUCAAUGCUUUCAUUGAUUUGCUAGAGAGAAAAUAUCUAUCAACAUCAACCAAUUUCCGGCCUUUCGACUUUGCCCAAAAAGUGCGGUAUUUUACAUUGGAUGCGAUUACAGAUGUAGCUUUUGGGAAGCCCUUCGGAUGCAUCGGUCAAGAUGAUGUAUAUGUAUGACCACAUUAAGACAGUAGAUCAGUUGCUACCCUCCGCCGUAUUAGCAGGUGUCUCGCCGUGGUUGUUAACUCUGUCACGAAGUUUUCUUGUCAGGCCAUUUUUACCAACAGAGAGAGAUAAACUUGGGUUCGGAAAAAUGAUCGGGUAGGCUGACAAGUUUAUCUUCAAGGAAGUAGCUGCUGACCAGGAACAGGGUUGCGAGAGAUAUUGUUGCAGAAAGGUUUGGACAGUCUAAAAAGAUUCGGAAUGAUAUGCUUGGUUCUUUUAUUACACAUGUCCUCACGCAAGAAGAAGCUAAUUCGGGACAUUACUUCAAGUGUUCGUCCUCACUGGUUUCUUCCCGCUCACCGGAAAUAACUAGGAGACAGGAUCGCCGGUACAGACACAACUGCCACAGCAAUCCGGGCUAUGCUACUUUACAUCACGACCUCACCAACUUGCGACACGGCCUUCCAAAAUGCUGUGGAUGAGGGUGUCAAAAAUGGCAAAAUAUCAUCCCCAAUAACUGAUAAUGAAGCAAAAGCAUUUCUCUACUUACAAGCAAUUAUCAAGGAAGGCCUCCGAAAGUUUCCUGUUAUUGCUGGUCUCCUCCCGAAAACCGUACCCGAAGGUGGCGAUAUCAUUAAUGGUUUUGAAGUUCCAGGUGGAACAGAUAUCUCACUCUGUUUAAUUGCCAUCACACAUUCAAAAGCUACUUUUGGACCGGAUGCAGAUAUUUUCAGACCGGAAAGGUGGCUUGAAGUUGAUGAUGAUGGCAAUUUGAGAGAAAUGAACAUCACUGCCGAAUUAGUCUUUGGUUCAGGGAAAUGGUCAUGUUUGGGAAAGAAAAUAGCUAUGAUGGAAAUGAGCAAGGCCCUUGUGGAAGUGAGUUUUUUCGAUGGUAGAUAUUAUAAAAAACUAACAUUGGGAAGUUGUUUAGGAGAUUCGAUAUUUCCUUGGUAAACCCCACUAAGCUAUGGAAAUCAUUCAGUGCAGGAGCAUACAUACAGUCUGAUUUUUUUGUGCGAUUCGCGAAAAGAAACUAGAGACAUCCAAGAUCAAUUCUAUUUCCCUUGGUCGAGAGAGUUGGGAUAAUGUCGCUACCUGGCAUGCGACAAGUGCAAAAUUUAUUUAUACGCCAAGUGUAGUCAAAGAUUCGAUGUAAGAUGUUAUUUCUCGUUGAAGUGAUCAAUGAUGUUUCAUUUCUGUUCCGAGCCAGAAAUCUUUCCACAUCUAUUCACUUCUACAGAACAUCAAAGACGCCUACUAUGGCGUGCUAUUCUUCA